ACAGAAAGAGCAGUGGUGACCAUCAACCAGACCGAGGAGCUCCUACAGGACAAGUCAACUGAUCAGGAACUGCACAGCAUUGCUGUCGAGGAACUACAGGCAGCUAAAGAUGCAUUUGAAGAGCAUUUCAACUUGACAUUAAUUCCAUUAUUUCAGUUCGACGUAGUUAUUCAUGGCAAAGACCUUAAAAUCGACACGUUUCGUUCUCGAGGCGCUGGAGGCCAAAGCGUUAACAAGACUGAUUCUGCUGUGAGGAUUACACACUUGCCAACUGGCACAGUGGUCGAGUGUCAGCGGGAGAGGAAUCAGUAUCGCAACAAGUCGCUUGCUCUAGCGCGCCUUCGGUCGCUGCUCUACCAGCGCGAGAAAGACAAGGAAAUUGACGCUUCCACUGCCAGCAGGAGGCUUCAGGUCGGCACCAGAGGACGAUCAGAGAAGAUACGCACGUACAACUUCCCGCAGGACAGAGUUACUGAUCACAGGAUCGGGUUGAGUAUUCACGACGUGAACGGCGUGUUAUCUGGAGGAGAAGUGUUUCAACAUCUGCUGGACGAACUUAAAGAAUUCGCCCACCGCGAGAACCUGCAAACGCUGCUGAUGUCCGAUCCCCUCGCCAAUAUCAUAGCGAGCGUUAAUAAGAAGUAGUGACACUUGAACUCUCGUUCGAGCGCAUGACAAGGGAACUGGCUUUGUCCUUGACCGAUGUGAAGACCUGGAUGCCAUGUUGAAGAAAAAUUGUAGCUACCAUAUAGCCAAUUAUUGUUGAGAAUCGGAAGGGCAUGCAAUAAUUGACGAUCCAUUCUUGGAAGUUAGAAUGAAAAUGAUUCUUGCAUAAGUUGGCAGCGUUUGUUCUGUAAAGUAACUAACAGUGAAAGGAACUAAAUGUGCACGAAUUUUGAAUAAAAUAUA